AAGAUGGGUGCUGUGUCUGGUCAGCCCAUGCUUGUGCUGGAGAGGAGGAGAAGCAACUACAGGAAAAUCAUUGCAGACCAGACCGCGUGCUAUGUCGAGAGCAUCCAAGAUCACGUUUGCGUUGAGCACACUGCUUUCAGCAGCGACGAUUGGCGGCGUCUACUUCAUGGCUGAGUACGAGAAAGACCAACUCCAGGAGGGCCCGAUCAAAGACCGGGCCAGGAUGGAGAGACGGGCCCUCAACACGAAGCAGCAGGCGAACCUCGAGGACUACGAAAAGCAGAAGCAGAUCUACGCCGAGCUUGAGAAGACGCAGCCGUUGACGGGCGAAGUCGUCGAGGGGCUCGACGCCAAGGGCCUCAGCCCGCCAAAGGGCGUAUGAGGGUCCCACCCGACGCCAGCGACCGCCCCGGCGUCCUGUGUAUAGCGUGUAUAUAGUCUUGUGCAGCAGCAAAUGUACCGACAG